GAACGCAGGUAAUUUGCGAGGCGACCCUUCACUGGCUCCGUCGCGUUUUAGCACCCCGUCCAAAGUCGGCACUGUCAGAUUUGUUCGUUGUAAAGCGCUACUCGUUGGCUGCGGUCGCAUUCGGAGUGUGGAUCGCAGGUGAUGCUGAAGCCACACCGACAGGACCUUUUCACACAGGGGCACUUCUCAUGCUCUCCCAGGACGAAAAACGGACGACAAUCUAGCGGGCCACGUGCACCCUAUGAACGUGCGAUCCCGAUUAGACCAUUCCGCAGUUUCCAUCAGCCAACUCCAUUGUAUCAACGAGAGCUGGGCCCCACAACAUGGCCGGGAUGCGACAUCCUUCGCCCAGUCUGGCGUUCGUAUUCGAGUCCAGACCCCAGCUAUUCGGAACCUGCAGGUACUGCAUGGCGACCGGAAACGGUCGAAUGGCCUUCCGAGCACGGGAACACUUCGUGUCGACCUGCCGUUCAACAACAUAACCAAGCCUUCGGAGACGCCGAGAUUUUCGUCAACUGGUGUUCGCCCAACGCUCUGUUCUGGUAUGAUAGUCGCUCAGGUCUUUCGGCUGCACGGUGCGUUCGCUGUCGCGAUUGCGGGCUGGUUCAAGCAAUCGCGAUCAGAGCAGCUUCAACACCGCGCUCACACGUGUCUCAUCAACGCAAUCUUAUCGGCCCAAGCCUCGGUUUGUCCACGCACCGUUGUUUCCACACUCGCUGCUCGAGGGGCGUGCUACCAAAUUGGCAAGAGCCCCUGUCUUUUUCCCUACCGUGCAGCAUCCGUGCUGGUGUUUCCAGGCAAGCGGGAACUCGAAUACACGGGGAUCUGCUCAUGACCUAUCCGCUCGGCGAUACUGACGUGCGGGCGAUGUAAGCUACCGCGACAGCCACCAAGGGUUCUUCAUUGCGGACCGCACCCUGCUGGAAGUGUGGGCUGUGCAACCUCAAUCGGUCGAAGUUCUCAAUCAGUCAGGGAAACAUGCCCCUUACGUGCAUUGCACAUACCCCUCAUCGACGAUCAAUGACAUUUGCUUGUCAGAAUCGCUGAGUGUUGGCAACUCUUAGGGCCCAAUGUCGAC